CUGCAGUGCAAUCACACACACACACACACACACACACUCGCACUCUUAUUUGAGCAGCUGGCUUGCACAGCUACGGCGUCCUGACCGAGAGGCGGUUCCUCAGUGACUCAGCACAGGCUGCGCCAUGGCCCAGAGCGACCCAAAGGACCCGAUGCCCCCGCCGGGGACGCUGAGCCCUGGCCAGCUUCAGUCCCACUUCAAGAUGGAGCCAAAGACUUUGGGGGCCAUCCAGCUGGUCAUCGCCGUGUUGCUGCUGUGCCUGAGCAUGUCCGUGCUGCGGGUCCAUGAGAUCCACUUCACGGCCGACGUUGCGCUCUUCCUCGUUGUGGUCAUUCAGGUCAUCUUAUCCGGGUCGGUGUUGAUCCACAGUGGGAGGAGGCCCACUCUCUUUUGGGUCAAAUGCACCCUGGUUCUUCAUCUGAUCAGCGCCGCCUUCGCCACCGCCGCCCUGGGGCUCAUGUCCAAGCACCUCCCGUACAGGCAGGACUCGUACCACUGCGAACACUGCCGCCGGCUGGAGUACCAUGCCGUGCUACAUUGUUUCAGGAAAUGCACCGAGCUGAUCGAGCAAAAGUGCAAAAUGCUGAUUGACGGCAUCCUGGGAACGCUGGUGGUCUUCCUGGUGCUGGAACUGCUGAUCUGCAUCACCGCCAUGCUCUUCGGUCUCACUGUGCUGGCCGCGCGCAGGACUCAGGCUCCGAGUGAGCGACCUCGCUACCCACAGACCCGCCCCCCACCAUCGCCCGCAGUUCAGGCUGUGCGGGUAGCUCCCCCAGCUGCAACAGAGCGCUCUGCAUCCCAGGUGGCCGUGGUGGUGACCGAACCCGACUCUGAUCUGGUGGAAGACAUCGCUACACCACCUACCGAGCCUCAAGUGGAGCCCAUUUAAACGGUCACACACACACACACACACACACACACACAUGCAGUGUGAAUAAAUCGUGAUGCCACGCCUGGUGCUGUAGAAUAUGUUCAUGCAUUGGGAGGUGACAAAUGUGAUCAGAACCUGAGAGCACCAAAACUGUUCACUGUCAGAUAUAAGCCACGAUAGAAGUCAUGA